AUGUCUUUUGAUGCAUCAGCUUCGCUGAAUGUCUCUGAUCCGAAUGCUCGGGCACUCAGCUCCUCCUGCUUCGACUUUCUUCUCAUUGAGCUGGUCCCAAUGGCUGAACGUCUGGCCAAGGAGCUUUCAACUGACGAAAACGGACCCGAGGAGGAGGAGGUUCGGGAGACCACAUACUUUCGCUUGGAAUCAUUAGGGUAUCGGGUAGGACAGGGUCUGGCAGAAAGGUUCUCCCGUGAUCGUCCUCGCUUUACCGAUAAUCUCGAUGUCAUCAAGUUUCUUUGCAAGGAUUUAUGGACUGUGCUAUUCAGGAAACAGGUGGAUAAUCUGAAAACCAACCACCGAGGAGUCUACGUCUUAACCGAUAGCGCAUUCCGGCCUUUUGCGCGAAUGAGUAUGACGGCGCGAGGCGAGGCCAUAUCCAUGGCACAGGCGUAUCUAUGGUUCCCGUGCGGGAUCAUUCGUGGUGCAUUGGCGAAUUUGGGCAUCAACACUACGGUGCAAGCGGAGACAUCAGAUCUUCCAGGGGCAACAUUUCAGAUCAAAACGGUCCAGGCUCGACCAUGA